AUGAAACUGGUUGUUUUAGGUGGAUCUGGGUUCCUUGGCCAUAAUAUUUGUAAGCUUGCCGUUGCAAGAGGGCAUCAAGUUGUGUCUGUGUCUCGAAGAGGACGUAGUGGUGUUCAAUUUAAAGAACCAUGGAUGGAAAAAGUCCAUUGGGAACAAGCGGAUGCAAUGAAAGACCCCCAUUCCCUUCUUCCAUUUGUUCAAGGUGCUUUUGCUGUUGUAAACACAGUCGGAAUUCUUAUGGAAUCCAACUAUAAGCAAGCACUUGAAAACCCAAGAGGUUCCAUUCUUCAACUCGUCAAGAACUUGAGAGGCAAUGUUUUUCAAGGAUCUGAAAACCCAUUGAAGAAACCCCCUUCUCCAUCUGUUCCUCCUGCUAAGCCAAGUCUGAAAUUUGAAUCCGUCAACCGAGAAUUGGCUAUCAAUACAGCCAAUGUAGCGGCUGAAGCCCAUGUCCCCGUAUACUGUUAUAUUUCCGCUCAUGCAUCUGUUCCUGGACUGGAUCCAAGAUAUAUAAGUACAAAGAGACAGGCUGAGCGUGCGAUUUCUAACAUCCCGAAGAUACGAUCCAUCUUUGUACGUCCUAGUUUUAUGUACGAUGCCCAUGAUCGACCUAUAUCGGGUAUCUUUGCUCCGUUUCUAAAAAUAUCCUCUGGGAUUAAUCAUUUCAGCUCUGGAUUAUUUGAUUUUCUUGGCGCUGCUUCUGCUGAGCCCUUGCCUACUUGUGAUGUCGCAAAAGCUACUCUUGAAGCUAUCCUUGAUCCUGCCAAAUCUGGCCCAUUGGGAAUACAAGAGAUUAAAGAAUUGGCAAAUCGAAAACAUCCUUCUUCUACUUGA